AUGAUGUGGCCCAACUUUUUCCUUCAGGACCGGGAGGAGCGCCUAGCUAUGCGCAGGCGGGGGGAGACCCAACGGCAGAAAAUUAUGACGGACGAGCAGGAAGGCAAGAUCAAGCUGGCAUUCUUUGUGGCCAUCGUGGGGAUGACCCUGACGGUGUUGGCGGUAGGCACAGAAUUCUGGGUGGAACUCAACACCUACAAACAGAACCACUCUGCCAUCUGCGAGGCCGCCCACUUCGGCUUGUGGAAAUUCUGCUACAAGAAACUCUGGGUCUACGAUGUGGGAGAAGAGAGAGACACCUGCGGGCCUGCGGAGCUGCCUGGCGAAGCUAACUGUUCUUAUUUCAAAUUCUUCACCACUGGGGAGAAUGCCAACAUCUUCCUAAGGACUACAAAAAAGGAACUGAACAUCACGGCAGCCGUUGUGUCCCUCCUCAGCAUCACCUUGAUGGCCAUGGGAUCCCUCUGUAUCACAAUGGCCCUGAGCAAAGGAGUCGAUUUCCUCCUGAAGCCAGCAUCAUGCUUCUUUGUAAUAUCAGGAUUGAUGGUGUUGGUGACUUUGGAGAUUUUCCGACAAUCAGUCAGGUGGCUGAUCACCUCCAAUGACAUCAUCCCACUAGAAUACGAGUAUUCCUGGUCUGUGGCUUGUGCAGUGUCUGCAGGGGCAAUUCUGAUAUUUGGGGGAGCUUGCUUCAUCCUCUUGUCUAUCCCAGGUUUGCCCAAAAAGCCUUGGGAAUAUUGCAUCAGAAAGAGAAGCACCAGUGACCAUACUUCCUAA